AUGAAUGUAUUGGUGGUCUUGGUAUCCGUGAGCCUGACUCUCAGCGCGUCACAUCUGCACGGCUCCGCCCACCAUCCCAGCGAUGAGCACUAUGUGGAUGGCGAGCACCACGCCGACUAUGACAAGAAGAUGUUCCUGGGAGGAGAGGAAGAAGCGGAAGAGUUUGCUGAGCUGAGUCCAGAAGAACAGCUGAAAAGAUUAAAGUCCAUCAUUAAAAGAAUCGAUAUUGACGCAGAUGGAUUCCUGACGGAAGAGGAGCUCAGUUUGUGGAUCCAAAUGUCCUUCAAGCAUUAUGUGUUAGAAGACACCAAGGAGCAGUUUGCAGAAGUCGACCAGAAUGGAGACGGAAUCGUCACCUGGGAGGAGUACAACCUGCACAUGUACGAUCGUAUCAUCGACUACAAUGAGGACACGGUCCUAGAAGAUGACGAGGAGGAAUCCUUCCGCCUGAUCCAUUUAAGGGACAAGAAGAGAUUUGAACGCGCGGAACGCGACAAUAAUCCGGGGUUGAAUCUGAGAGAAUUUACAGACUUUGAGCAUCCUGAAGAAACGGAUUACAUGUCGGAGUUCGUUAUCGAAGGAGCAUUAGAAGAACAUGACAAGGAUGGCGAUGGAUUUGUUAGUUUGGAGGAAUACCUCGGUGAAUACUCCCAGGAUCCAGAUGCCACCGAAGACCCCCAGUGGGUGAUUGUGGAACGAGACCGCUUUGAGAACGAUUAUGACAAGGAUGGUGACGGGAAGCUCAACCCCACCGAACUUCUGUCUUGGAUCGUCCCAAACAAUGUCGGGGUGUCACAGGAGGAGGCCAGUCAUCUGGUGGAAUCCAUUGACAAGGACGGCGAUGGGAGACUUUCGGAAGCGGAGAUCAUGCAGAGCCGGGACAUCUUCCUCACCAGCGAAGCCACAGAUUACGGCCGGCAGCUUCAGGACGAACAUUUCUACCACGACGAGCUCUGA